UAAAUUAUAUUAUGUAUAUAAUUUUAAGAUUUAAUAACUUUAAAUGACAAUCAGUGUAUUAUCAUUGAUUUGUAGUGAUAGACUUGUAACUGUGAUAAUUAGUGAGUAUUCAUAACUUUUUUAGUAAUUUCAAUUUCAAUAUUAAUGUAUUAUCAUUGAGAGAUCAGUGUAUUUAUUUCACUAAUUGAUAAGUUAUAAGCCUAUUAUUAAUAAUCAGUAAAUUUUUACUGACUUCACUGAUUUUUUACUGAUUGUGCUUUAGAGAGUAGCUUUCAAGAAAUUUCUCGCUAUUCUGUCCUCCUAUAUCAAUCUUGAAAUUCUGAAAUAGAGCUAGAGUACACAAAAAAUGUAAAAUCUAUCGAAAUAUAAAGAAAUCCACGAUAGAAUUUCGGUAAAAAUAAUAUUUUUCACAAUAAAUUUCUUACAGAUUUUUAAAAUACUUAUGAAUAACAUAAAAUUAUUAAAUUGUAUUUUAAAUUAAUUUAUGAUAUUACAUUCGAGCUUCAGUUCGAAAUUACAAGUGAGAUUUUUAAUUCAUCGAUUAUUCAAUCGCACGAUGCACAAAUAAAGUUUUUAUUUUAUUUAGCAAAGUUGCACCUGCGCAUAAUACGAUUAAUUAAUUGAUGAAAAACUCGCGUUAUAUUUCAAGACCGACAAACAAUUAGUGUGUAGUUUGCACCAACUAAAAAUUGUAAAAAUUUACAUGAAAAUAUUACUAGGAUUUAAAUCCACUUGGACGAACAAUGGUAUCCUUCUUUGCUUAUUUGUAUUUACACUUACGCCAUAUUAUUAUUUUAGCACCUUCAGACCGCACAUACAUGCUAUUCCGUUUACGAAUGAGUAAAAUUGUUUAAAAAUUUUUAAAAAAAUUUAUGCUUUUUUAAAUUUUUCUAAUUAAAGUAUAAAAUAAAGGAUGAUGAGUAAAACACUUCACUUUGGCUUCACAGUGCAACAUAAGUUAUGCACGUAAUCUUAGAUUUUUUUAAUCGCUGAAUACAAUGAUAAUUCUUAUCUGUCUAAAGUCUUUCCAUGAGAAAGUGUUUUAAAAAGGUUAAAAUAAGUCAUUAUGACUGCCUUCAAUUUGUCUUCUAUUCUCUAAAUUACAAUAAGUGAAAAUAGACUAAUUUCAGUGAUAUACUUAUAACUUGUCAAUCAAUAAAAUAAUAUAUUCAUCUUUCAAUAAUUGUACACUAAUUCUAAAGUAAAAAUUACUAAAAGUUAGUGGACACUUACUAAUUAUCACAGUUAUAAGUAUAUUACUACAAAUUAGUGAAAAUACAUUGAUUGCAGUUUAGAAAGUAAGUUUAAUUGUAUUUUAAUAAAUAAAUCUGAUUAAUACCAUAUAAAAGCAGGAAUAUACUCUCUAAAUCUGAAUAGGAAGUAAGAGGAAUUUUACUUGAUUUGCAGUGCUAUUUUUGUAACUGUAAUCAUCAGUGAUUAUUUCUAUGUUUUAGUGAUUCCGAUAAGAGGGGAAUACUCCUAUACUAACUGGAAUCGCUGUAUUAUUAUUGGCUUGGUUUAUACCAAGCCGUCCAAUCCUGGUUCACUUUGAAGUGGAAUUCCUUGGAUGUGUAAACCGGUUCUAUGACGUUAUUUUCAUUUCGUUCUUAGUACAAGUAAGAUCAAUCCGCAAACAUUUCCUAAAUUUAUUUCGGAGUCAACAACUAGACUCGGGGUUGAACAACUAGAUAUAAAUUAAGCUAUUGAAAAACAGUGCAGAUAUCAUUUGUUGACAUAUGUAAGUGUGAUACUAAAAUUAAUCUAUUCUCAGCGUUUUUCAGUAAGUAUUAUAGUACACUGAUUCCGAUUUAAAAAAUAUUAACAAUUUUAAUUAAUAAUUUAUGUCCAUUGUAAUAUUUAUGUUAAUAAUAAUGUUAGGAAAUAAGAUGUCCUUGCCCUACCAGACGCAUCGCGUUACUAUCAUUGUGCAAAGUAUUCUUUUCUGUUUAUUUCCUCAUUAAUAAGUUUAAAUACUUGUAAACGUAAAAAGAUUAUUAAAAUACGAUUCAAAUGUGAAUUUUAUUACUUUUUUAAAUUGAAUUUGCCACUUAUAAUUUUUGGAAAAUUUACCUUUUUUUACAAUAGUUAUUUUUUCAGAUAAAUCAUACUUUUAACAUCUUACUUAUAAUCUACAAACUUAUCUGACUUAUAAUUUAUCAGGUUUCUUUAUACAUUUGUAGUAAAUUAUUUUACACACACACACACACACACACAAAAGCGCGAACAUUAAAUAAGGAUUAAAAUUAUAUUAAAAAUUAGAAAAAUUAAGUACACUUAUAUAAAUCAUGCCUUUUGCUAAUUUUAUAACAGAAUCGCAGAAGAUGGCUAAGAUUUUCAUCUUAAUUGCACUGUAUUUACUUUGUACCAAGGCAAUUAUCUUGGUACAAGGGCAGAUAUCUGAUUGUUCGGAAUAUUUUACAUAUAUAACCGAACUUGGGGCAACUGAUAUGUCAAAACUGUUGGGACAGAUCGAAAUUCCAACUCCUCCAGAAAAUGAUGAAUUCCAUUUAAAAGUAGCUUUACAUGUUGAUGACUCGUCUAAAAAUUUCGUGCGAUUAAAAUUGGCACGGUCGACAAAAGAGUCGGUUCGAGCUGUUCAAGAAGGCAAUUCUUUGUUGUAUCAUAUGCAUUUCCCCUUAGCAAGCGAAUCAAAUCCAACAUUGUCUGCAAUAUGGUUUAACAAUCGACAGUAUUGUUCAAACUCUAAAUCAAAAGGAAAUAUCAAAGCUAAUCUCGUGCUGGGACACAUUGUGUUCUUGCCAAACGAAGAACCACUUUCUUGGCGUCGAAAUUCCACCACAUAUCGCAUAAAUAAUCCGAGUUACGAUUAUCUAAACAGUUUAAACCACUCUAAAGCCAAUUCUACUACUCCUUUUGUUAGCAACAAUGAAUGUGGUAUUACCAGUUAUUAUACUGACGAUAUAAAUAAUCUAAUUUCUAAUGGUGAGAAGGCUUUACCGGGCCAAUGGCCAUGGAUGGUAGCAAUCUUUGUCGUGAGAACAAGUUAUGAAUUUCUAUGUGGUGGUUCUAUUCUAACAACCAGACAUAUUAUAACAGCGGGACAUUGUAUGAAGGAGUUCUUGAAUGACACUGUAGACCCAGACGAUUUGUUUGUGGCCUUUGGCAAACUAAACUCACGUCACUGGCGUGACAAAGGAACUAUCAUUCGCGAGGUUGGGGACUAUGAGAUUCAUCCUGACUACGCACACGCAGCCACUGCCGACUCCGAUCUGGCAAUUUUGAUGCUUAGAACGCCCGUAGAUUUUAGUCCUUUUAUUAAGCCUAUUUGCCUCUGGUUUGGUCCUUUCAAUCUUCAAAAUGUCAUCGGUAGAACAGGGUAUGUCGUAGGUUGGGGUGAAUCUCCGACCCAAACUGAAGUUGGAUUUAGCGGCUUUAAUCCAUAUAUCGAUGAACCACGAAUGGCAAGGAUGCCAAUAGUGAGUCAGGAGGACUGUCACUCGAGAAAUCCAUAUUUUGUCCGUUUGACCUCAAACCGCACUUUUUGUGCUGGUUUACAAAAUGAAAAUAAUCUUUGCAACGUUGAUUCCGGAAGUGGGCUCGUGCUUUUCGAUUCUAUCACAGGUCGUUAUCAAUUGCGCGGCAUCGUUUCGCGACCACUAUUCGACGGUGGUAAUCGCAGGUGUAUAGGAUAUAUGGUUUAUGUUGAUGUGGCCAAAUAUGUACCUUGGAUUCGACAGCAGAUCUCGACUACGUAAUUCUGAUUUCUCGUUGCAAAAUGUGCUAAUCGUCAUGCUUUAUAUGUAAGGAAAUUUUACCUUUAUCUUUAUGUUCAACAUUCAUCGGUCAAAUAUUUAACUUAUUAUUGUUUAUAUAUAAGGUUUAUUACAAUAAGGUACUUAAUCCUUCACGUUGACUGUAGGGUCUAAACGAGCCGAAGAAAGAUUCAGCUUCAAUUUAAAAAUACUAAAUAACGCAGAAGCUACAUUUGUCGUGCUAUCUCUUAUUAAUUUACCUUUGUAUACACUGAUAUCAAUAAAAAAAAAUUUUAUAGAUAAUAAAUAUAUUUGGUAAAA